UACACCACCCCGGCACAGACCUCAUCAUAUACAUAUAAGUGGUGUCGUUGCACCCCUUGGCGACACCGCAACAGAUAUUUCAGGGACACGUCGAUAUCAGCUCCUUCUCUGUGCUACUAACAGGAUCAAACAAAAUGGCUAGUACAGAUGACGGCCAAAAUUUGUGGGAUGUCGAUGUUAGAAAUCCAACUACUAUGAAGCCACCUUCCACCCCACAAGUGGAAAAGCCAGCCGACGAAGAGAAGAUCCGCAAGCAGCAGCAGCGGCAGCUGCAGACACCCCAGCUGCGUCUGGCCACAAUGGAGGAGGAGGUGAGCAUGGCGAUUCCUCAAGGGUCGGUGCUGCCGCCGACAAUCUGCGUGGUCCCCGAGGACCUCGCGGAGGGCAACAAGGGCGCCUACACCCCCAAGGUCGUCUGCAUCGGCCCACUCUUCGACCACGAGCGCACGACGGCUAGCAUGCUCAUGCUGGAGCACUACAAGAGGUGCUGCGUCCGCAAGCUGGUGGUGGGAGGAGAGUCGGCAGCAUGGUCGCCGGAGAUACAUGGGCCGCUGCUUCGGAACUGCUUCGACACGAUCGUGCGGCUGCUGCCGCGGAUUCGUGCCUCAUACAGUAGCAGCAUUUCUUCUUCCUCCAUUAGCGACGAUGAGCAGCUGGCGAUGACAAUGCUGCUGGACGGCUGCUUUGUCCUAUACCGCCUGCUCAAGGACGCGCGAAUGGCCAAAAGUGGCGGUGCCAUGGAGAGCGACUACGACGAGUGGACUCACCUGUUCGGGCGGUGCUGGGUGUGGGGAACCGUGAAGCGCGACCUGCUGCUGCUUAGCAACCAGGUCCCCUUCUUCGUCGUCCGGAAGCUCUUCAAGCACCUCAAGGUCAUGGGCAACACCACCACCGGCGAGCGCGACGACGCCCUCCUCGUCAGUGGCGGACUCCACCUCUUCGGCUCGCUCCAUCCUCCUCGUCUGCACUCUGCGCGCAUUCAAUGCCACGACGUGCACCACCUCCUCCACCUCUUCUACCUCUCCGUCGACUUCCCGCCGUCGGAUUCGGACGAGUCCAUCCGCCACCAGCAGCAGCAGCGGCCGGCCGCACUAUUGGCGCCAGAGCUCACGCGGUGGGUGCCAUGCGCCACGGAGCUGGAGGAGGCCGGCGUUCGUUUCUGCGCACGUAAGCGCGGUGCCUCGAGCUUCCUGGACGUCAGCUUCCGCCGCCGGCGAGGCAUCCUGGAGAUCCCGCCGCUCCAGCUGUUCGACUACAGCGAACCCCUGUUUCGAAACCUCAUCGCCUUCGAGCAGACCUACCCGACCACGCCCGGCCGCUUCACCGCGUACGCCAUCUUCAUGGACUGCCUCAUCAAGACCACCGGGGACGUGCGCCUCCUCCACCGGAGCGGGGUGCUGGUGAACCACAUGAACGGCGAUAGGGACGAUGUCGCCAUGGGCUUCUUCAGCCGCCUCUGCAAGGAGGCGCACACCUCCGACGACCGCAACUACCUUGCCGGCCUGAUGCAGGAGGUCAACACGUACCAGAGAGCAAGGUGGCCCCGCUGGCGUGCCGCGCUGGUGAGCAACUACUUCACCAACCCGUGGGUGACCACGUCGGUCGUCGUCGCCAUGGUCUUGCUCGCCCUCACCGUGCUGCAGACCUUCUACUCUGUCUACGGCUACUACAAGCCACCCAAGUAAUCGAAGCAUGCAGCUCACAUCACAUCCAUACGUUUGCUUGCCUACCGCUUAAUUUUUUGUUUGUUUGUUUUGUUUGUGAUCGUUGAAUAUACAUGGUUUACAACAUGUGUUGCAGCUGUAAUAAGUCCAACAUGUUUGGAUGCUACUACCUCGGUUUUCAAAGAGUAAGACUUAUAUUAUUUU